AUGUCAGCGAUUGAAGAACAAUUCUUCUUUAAUUUCGAUCCGACAGAGUAUAGUAGCAAGCGUGCUGCUUACAAUAAAAUUCUAGAUGGAGAUCCUAGCUAUCCAAAUCGUACACUCGUUACUCCAUGCGCUUUGAUUUCAAUGGUAAAUCACGCUGUUUCUGGUGGCAACAACGAAAUUAUUGGAACAUGCAUUGGACAAGUCAACACCAGAGAUUUUUACAUCAACGAUGUUUUCUCAUCAAGUGUUCUUGGUACAGAAACAAAUUGUGAUAUUUCAAGCGCUGUUUGGUCACAACUGAUUGAAGUUUCCAAAUCAGUAGCUAAGACAGGUAAGAAGGCUACAGGCUGCUGUGCAUGGUACCACUCUCACCCAGAUUAUGGCUGCUGGUUAUCAGCUACAGAUGUCAUUGCACAGAGACAAAUGCAAUUAGGUUCAACAAGAACAUGCGCUCUUGUCGUUGAUCCAAAGAAAACAGAGAGACACAAUAGAAUUUUCUUGGGAUCCUUCAGAACUUUCCCUCCGGACAAAGCCCGUGGCGAAAAAUCCGAAAACUCAUUCGUUCCAGAUGGAAAGGCCGAUGAUUUCAAGAAAUCAUUAAGCCAAUACUACACUUUAUCAAUCGAAUAUUACUUAUCACAAAUUGACAGGAAAGUCUUGAAAGACGUUAUUACAUCAACAUGGGGAAGAUCUCUUGCACAAUCUCCUCUCGAAGCUAACUCAGAGUGGAUCUAUAACUACGUCAAAGAUAAGAUCGUUUGCAGCCUUGGCCAGGCUUACUUAGGAAGACUUACAUCGAAAGCAGAUGUCGAUCUAUUUACUGGAAUGCUUAAUGAAAUUGAUAAUGCAAGAAUCAGAGGUAUCGAGAUUCAGAAGAUGAAGAACCACGUUUUCUUAGCUAAGUAA